GUUCCCACCUCCAUGAGCCAAGAAUAGACAGGCCAGAAAGAACGACACUGCUCAAAGAUCGAGAGACGCUUUUGAAUCGACUGGAUCUGUUGCAGAACAAACAGGAUCUCUAUGGUUAAUGGUUUAAUUUUCCUAGACUUAAAACAUUACCUUUAAAAGUCUUUCACAACUGCUUUGGCCUUUGUUCUGUUAAAGGGCCUGUGACAUUGGCUGUGAGAGCUGAGGCAUGGAAAAGGAGACGAGCCGGUGGUGCAUGGACUGAAUUUACUGUCCUGUCCUCUAUUUUUCCGUUGUGCAAAGGUUCCUGGAAUUCCUCAGAGGGCUUGUCUUGCCUUAUAUGGAGGACCUAAGAGCCGUUCUGACUGUGUGAUUGGACCAGUGUGAGAAUAAAAUCUUGUUAGUUUUAACAAAUAGCAUGACAGACAAUAUGUAAACUAUAAAAAUGAGCUAAACUCUUGUCUAAAGUUAGUAAAAUGAAUUUUCUCAGGCAAUAUUUUAUGAUACUCUUAGAGUGGGUAAGCUCGUGGUUGAAGUAUGGUCUUAGAGGACUUUUGGAUGCUUGUCCAUUUGUCAACAACUGGGUAGCAUCCUCAGGUAUCACUGAUAGAGAGUUAUGCCAAGCAGACUCAGAGGAGUGGAAAACCAAUCAGGCACUCCGCACAUAUCACCUUAGAGAUGGAGAUAAAACCAAGGUCACAAUCCAAACCAGCACACAUGCCUUCCAUGUGGACCUCCAAAGACUUGCAGAGUGCAGCGAGUACUUCCGAGCUUUGUCCCAGUCCAGAAUGAGAGAGACCUCAGAGAGCCUCAUCCAGCUGGAUCAUGUGUCCUCCUCUAUAUUCCACAAUCUCCUUGAGUUCUCCUUCCAUAAUAACUUUAAAGUCCCUCAGGAGGACUUGGGAACACACAUCCAGGUAAGCAGCUAUCUCAUUGCUGAGGCCUUCCUCUCAAAGUGCCUGUCAGUCCUGGCAGAUGUUCUCAGCCCAUCUAACUGUCUGUCAUACCUGAGUCUUGCUCAGGAGAUUUUGUGUGAGGAGAUGAAGAUGACAGUGUUCACUUACCUGAGCAGAAACCUGCUGGAGCUGCCACAUGUCAUCAGAUGUCUGAGUGACGAGGAAAAGGAAGAAGUCAUCCACUUGAGGUCAAAAGGGGACAGACGUCUCUGCAGCCUCAGGAAAGAGAAUCUGAGUUCCUGGAAUGACCCAGAAACAGAACAUGCCCGGCACGUUUUCACCCUGAGAGGGUCAGAGGACAGCGGAGAUUGGCAUCCAGUUACAGAGCUUCCAUUUAAGGCGGAUAAGUGGUGUUUUACUACAGUGGUGCUUUAUAACUAUCUGUAUGUCAUAGGAGGCUACAGGCAGCGAAUGAAAAGAGGCUGGGAGUUCAAUAUGGCUUCCUUUAGGUAUAAUCCCUUCACUCACAAAUGGGUCGCCACAUCACCUCUGAUAAAGCACAGAAGGCACUUUAGUGCAGUGGCCUGUGAAGGCUGUAUUUAUGCUGUGGGAGGCUGGUACUUGGACUCUCUGGUGACUCCAGAUUCCAGCACAGCUCUUUAUACAGCUGUAGAGUGCUAUGAUCCAUGGGAGGACACAUGGAGGUUUGUGUCGUCACUGCCCCUCACUGACUUCCAGUUCACCAUGUCCUUGUCCCAUGAUGUGCCCCUUGCUACCAGCCAUGGACACUGCAUCUAUGUGUUGGGGAGCAUCCAGAGGACUACAGAGAAGCUGUUGCUGCAGUACAACACAAAACAAGACUUGUGGUCGGAACUGCUUCCCACACUGACCAGAGCUGAUGUGGAUCUCCCUAUGCUUUACUUCCUGGGCGCCACUGACAGACUGCUUGUGAUUGGUGGGAACAACUCUGAGAAUGUGGUGACAUCAUUCUGUGUGGACUCGCAGAAGUGGGGACAGGUGCACAGGGCUGAGAAAGUGGCAUUUGCAGGGCAGGGAACGGUUGUAGGUGACCAGGUCUUGAUGCCAAGUAUAGAGCACAACACUGUUGCAAGGAUGGAUCUCCAAACCUUGUCCAUCACAGCUCUUCCUCCUCUACCCAUCUCCACCCACUAUGAAGCUACCUUUUAUCUUCAUUUCUAAUGUCAUAGUUAGCUUUUCUGCACAUAUUUGAGCUUGUUUUUAUAGCUGAAUGAAUAGCACUUUUUAUAAUCCUUCUAAGACAUAUGGUGAUAAAUUCCAUAAGUGGAUUAUCCCUAUCUCUUGUACUUAAAAUCUCUGUCCUCGACUUAGGGCAGAUUAUUUUUAGACCUUUAACUGAGUCUUGGACAAAAACAAGAAAGCUUGAUUUAAAUGUAAAUUUUAAAUGCUUCUAACCAUUAUUCACUUUGAACUUUUUGAACUGUUUAAAAAAAGUAGAAAAUUUUUGGACUAUUACAUUCUGUAUACAUCUGUUUUCUAAUGUUCAUCUCUGUGUGUGACACUGAAAAUCCUAAUGGACUUCUAGUGGUAAAUAACAGUUCUUUUUGAAUAAUGAAUAUACAUAAGAAUCAGUUCAAAAUUGCUGUUACCUUCUUUGUUUUGUUUACAUUUAAUAUAUUACCUCUUUUCUCACUGACAUCACAUUUCUAAUGUUUCUGCAUAAAUACCAAUGAGACCUUGAUAUCUAAACUUCGAAUAAAUCCCAUAACAUAGGUAUAUUUUAUUAUCAGAUUCCAGAAAUGCUUGUAAUCUCAGUAGGUGAAAUGUCACAUGGUUCUCAGUUACAU